AUGGCUUUCAAAACACCUGUACUUGAAUAUAAAGCUUGGGCUUACAAGAAUGGUAACCACCCAAUUGAAUUGAUCCAAGAGACUGUCAAUUUAGUCAAAUCCGCCAAUGGCGAAUAUAUAGCUCCAGAAGGCAAGAUCUUGAUCAAAAUCAACUAUGCUUCAUUAAAUCCAGUCGAUUACAAAUUAUACAAGGCUAAACCAGCUUUUCUUCGUUUUAUCAAUUCGAAACAAGGUUUUGGUAAGGAUUAUUCAGGAAAAGUUGUUUCAAUCGGUAACAACACUUCUACUAAAGUUAAGGUUGGUGAUUUAGUUCAAGGUAUUCAAGCACCAAUGAUUGAUAGAGGGUCAUGUGCUGAAUAUUUGUUACUUGAUCCUACUAAAUCUCCAAUUGCUACUAAAGCAACAAACAUUGAUCUUGCUAAAGCUGCUUCAUUCCCAUUGGUUUUAGGUACUGCUAUGCAAAUCUCAAGAGGGUUGAAAAUUAAAGAUGAAAAGAUCUUGGUUUUGGGUGCAGGUACAUCAGUUGGUAGAUAUGCUGUUCAAUUAUGUAGAUUGAAAGGAGCUAAAGAAAUUGUUACUACCAACUCAGGUAAAAAUGCUGAAUUAAUCAGUGAAUUAGGUGCAACUUCACAAAUUGAUUAUAGAAAAAACCCAAAUAUUUUGCAACAAGUUUUGGAAAGUGUUAAAGAAUCAGGUCCUUUUGAUCAUAUUUUGGAUACUGUUGGUGGAAAAGAAUUGUUUCCUGAAAUUAGUACCAUUUUGAAAAAAGGUGGUGCUUAUCAUACUACAAACCCAGGAAGUUCAUUUUUCGCAUACACCAGUUCUCUUUUGAGAAAGAAAUGGGCAGCUUGGGGAUUACUUGGGUAUGAUUAUAGUUUUGGAUUUUUGGAUUAUAAUGGGGGUUGGAUUGAGUCAGCUAGAGAUUUGGUUCAAAGUGGUCAAGUAAAAAUUUUUAUUGAUUCAGUUUAUCCUUUCAAUGAUUUACAUCAAGCCAUUGAUAAAUUAAACAGUGGUAAAGCUCAAGGCAAGAUUUUGUUGGAAGUUGAAAAGCCAACUAAAGAAGAAGAAGCUGAAGAAAGAAGACAAGGUGCCCAAUUAUAG